AUGACGGGAGGUCCUGCAGAGGGCCCCAAGGGCCGCGCACUAAGCAUCCAAUCCCGGGACACACAGCUGCCCGAGGUCGUUCAAUGGGGUUUGCGAUUCGCAGCAGGCCUGAGCAUCCUGGUCAACAUCGAGCUGCUGUCUGGGGUCGCAUUUGCCAUCAAGGGCACCCGCGCCCUGCUCGGCCUCCCUGAGCCAGGCGUCCCCCGCCGCGCGGCCUUCCGGCUCGACCCGCGGCCCGCCUGCGACACCGCGCCCACCAAGGAGGACGACGCCUCUGAAUCCUCUGACGGCGCUUCUGACAGCGACGACUCCCAGCCGCGCGCGGCCGCGUCCAUUUACAUCGACAUCGCGGCGUCGCCGCUCGCCAAGGCCAAGGGCGAGCUGGCGCCGCCCAGCCCUGGGGCGCCAAGGCUGAUUGAGGUCGAGCACAUCAAAGUUGACGCUGCCCAGGGCGCGGACUCUGAGGCCUGGCGGGUCAUCGGCCCCUACAUGCGGCUCUAUGGCAGCGGCGCCCUCUCCAGCUCCACCCUGUGGAACCCCGAGUUCACCCACAUGUUUGUCCCUGGGGUCGGCAGCCAGGCCUACUUUAUCGGCCAGGCCUACAACCGCACCAUCGUCGUCGGCAUCAACGACCCCCUGGCGCACCCCGACCACUGGGCAGAGAUGGCGGCCACUUUCAGCCGCGUGUUCCCUGGGGCGACCUACACGCACGUCGGCCCGCGGUUCGCCCAGGUGCUCAAGGACACCCAGGGUUACACCAUCAACGACGCCGGGGCAGAGACAAACAUCCAGGUCCAAAAAUUCAACUACUCGAAGCGCACGCGCACCAUCCGCAACGGCGCGCGGGACGCGAGGGCAGCGGGCGUGUCGGUGCGGGAGCUGCGGGCGGCGGACCUCACCCCUGAGACGUGUCAGCAGCUGAAGGCGGUGACGGGCGACUGGCUGGAGCUCAAGACCGUCAAGGAGGAGGGCAUGCGCGUCUACAUCCGCCACAUCGACUACGACAACCUGCAGCUGGCGGAGGGGGUGCGCCUGUUCGUGGCAGAGGCGCCCAGCGGUGCCGACGCUGUUGCUAACUGCGCGGCGCCCAAGACGGUGUGCGGUUUCGUGCUGGUGGACCCGAUGUUCCGCGACGGGGCUGUGUACGGCUACGUCACCAGCGUCAACCGCAUGCUGCGGGGCAGCCACCCAGGCGUGCUGAAGCUGAUGUACGAUGACAUUAUGUCCGUCAUGAAGAGGGAGGGCAAGGAGGUGCUGACGUUUGGCUUCAGCCCCUUUUUCAACGUGCAGAAGACCCCCUUCUGCGGCGCCUGGUGGGCGGAGCUGUCCAUGAGGUUCUGCUUCCACUUUGCCAACAGCCUCUACGGGUUCAAGAACCUCGCAUUCAGCAAGGCCAGGUACGGCGGCGGCGUGGUGGGUGACGCGUACCACGACCCCAACGUCACCAUGAGUCACGUCUACGGCGCCACUUGGGCGAAGGCCGUCCCCGACAUGGCCCUGCUGGACAAUUAUAUCCUCAUGAUGACCACAGGCUUCACAGGCAACGCCGUGGACGCCUUCUUCAAGCUCGCCCGCUGGAGCGCCAAGCCCAAGGGCGCGGCGCCCGGCGCAGACGGCGACACACCCGCCAGCGACGGCAGCAGCAGCAGCGGCGGCAGCAGCAGCAGCGGGGCAUCGAAAGCGUCGUCGGUGGCGCCGUCCUCGCGCGCGCCUUCCGAGGCGCCGUCGCGGCCGGGGAGCGCCGCUUCGGUCGCGUCGCUGGGCGGCGCGGAACGCGCUGCCUAA